AUGUUUGCAGCUCGCCCCGAGGCCAGAUUUAAUGCGCCGGAAGCGCCCACUUUGUUGGUUGAAGUAGCGACCAUAGAGCCCCAACCAAUUACCUUCGAGGUACGCUCGCAAGGUACUGUCAGUCCGCGCACGCAGACCACUCUGGUGGCAGAAGCCUCUGGUCAGAUUGUGGAAGUCUCACCUACCUUUGUCAGUGGUGGGUUUUUCAGCAAGGGUGAUGUGCUCAUACGAAUCGAUCCGCGCAAUUAUGCUUCAGCGGUAAAGCGUGCCGGUGCAGAAGUGGCCAAGGCCGAGACCCAGCUUGAAACGGAAACUGCUUUGUCUGGUUAUGCGGCUGAAGAUUUCGAACGCCUGCGCCAGCUUAACCCUACCCAGGGCCCGGCUACGGAACUGGCGCUGCGCAAGCCGCAACUGCGCCAGGCGCUCGCGGAAUUGCAGUCGGCGCAAGCAGCCCUGGAAAAAGCCCAAGGUGAUCUGGAUCGUACAGUCAUACGGGCACCUUAUGAUGGGCUUGUCAGGCAAAAACUCGCGGACGUUGGCCAAUAUGUUAACUCGGGCUCUCAGCUGGGGGUGACCUUUGCUGUUGACCAGGCCGAGGUGCGCCUGCCGGUUACUCAGCACGACCUGCAGUUUCUUGAUAUCAGCAAGCUGCGUUUGAAUUCCCCCAUAGAGGUUGAAUUAACUGCGGAACUGGGGAACACAAAUUUUCACUGGAGUGGCGAGAUCCGUCGCAGCGAGGGAGUGUUUGAUACCUCCAACCGCGUGUUGUACCUGGUCGCGCAGAUAGAAGACCCCUACGACCUGGAUGGCAAAGGUCAGGUGCCUUUGUUGGUGGGCACUUUUGUUUCUGCAAGAAUUGUUGGUCGUCAUGCGGGUGAGCUGGUGCUGGUACCGCGUCAUUCACUGCAGCGCGGCAAUACAUUGUGGCUCUUAGAUGAAGAGCAGCGUAUCUAUCCCCGCGAAGUUGAAGUGGUGCGGCGCGACAAAGACUUUGUUUAUAUCGCCAGUGGUGUAGAAGCGGGAGAGCAAUAUUGCGUGACGCCAAUCGACCAGCCUCUGCCUGGCAUGAAAGUGCGACUAGUCAAAGGCUUGAUCGGUUGGUUUGCGACCAAUCACGUGGCUGCCAAUCUGCUCAUGAUUUUCAUUGUCUGCGCAGGUAUCUACGCGCUUUUUACGGUCAAAAAAGAAAGUUUUCCGAACCUGCAGUUUGAUCAGGUGCGGGUCACUGUGCCUUACCCAGGCGCGGGUCCUGAAGAGGUUGAAGAAGGCAUUGUCGUCAAGAUUGAAGAGGCCGUUACCAAUAUCAACGGCAUCAAAGAAGUUGUUGGCAUGGCUUAUGAAGGCUCAGGUCAGGUCAUGAUUGAAGUCAAGCAGGGCUUCGACGUUGGCGAAGUCACCGACGAAGUGAAACUUGCAGUUGAUGGCAUCAAUACUUUCCCACGGGAUGCGGAACGCCCGAUCAUCGCGAAACAGAAUUUCAAACGUGGUGCGCUUACCGUGCAGGUAUCUGGUGAUCUCGCAGAAGCCACCAUGAAGUCACUGGCGGAACAGAUUCGUGAUGAAAUCACCGCGCUGGCCGAUGUCUCAUCUGCGGAAAUCUGGGGUGGUCGACCUUUUGAGAUAUCUGUAGAAAUUGCAGAAUUGGAUCUGCGUGAAUAUGGCCUGACCCUUGCGCAGGUGGCAGAAAUUAUUCGUCAGUGGUCAAUUGAUCUGCCCGGUGGUUCGAUUCGUACAGAGUCAGGUGAUAUCCGCCUGCGUGCCAGCGGCCAGGCGUACACCGGCUAUGAAUUUGAGCAGAUUGUAUUGCUCACCAACCCAGACGGGACCCGUGUGCGCUUAGGUGACAUCGCAACUAUCCGUGAUGGUUUUGCUGAAACCCAGAGCUAUGCGUUUUUCAACGGUAAGCCGAGCCUGGGUAUCAACGUGCUGUCUACCGAAAAUGAAAACGAACUUGUCAUCAGCCAGGCGGUGCGUGAGUACGUUGAUCAGCGUAAUGCGACGUUGCCCGAAGAGGUUCAACUGACGGUCUGGGGUGAUGCCACCUUUUACCUGCAGGGUCGUGUCGACAUGCUGGUCGGUAACCUCGCCAUGGGUGCACUGUUGGUGUUUGUGAUUCUUGGUCUGUUUCUGCAGCUCAAGCUUGCCGCCUGGGUCAUAUUUGGGUUACCCGUUGCGUUUCUGGGUGCGUUCAUGAUGCUGCCUGUAGUGGGCGUCACUAUCAAUAUCAUGAGCCUGUUUGCGUUUAUUGUUGUGCUGGGUAUCGUGGUUGACGACGCGAUUAUCAUCGCCGAAGCGGCAUAUACCGAAACAGAAGAGAAAGGUUACAGCCUGCCUAACAUCGUUGCAGGUGCUCAGCGUGUGGCCAUGCCCGCCACUUUUGGUGUGCUGACCUCCAUCAUGGCUUUCCUGCCAAUGUUGUUUGUUACCGGCCCGGUUGCACCGAUCAAUGCGGCCAUCGCCUGGGUGGUGAUCUGGUGUCUGCUGUUUUCGCUGGUGGAAAGUAAGCUCAUCCUGCCAUCGCAUCUGUCUCUGAUGAAAUCCUCCCACGGUAGCAAGAAAGGUGUAUCGGACUGGUUUGAUCAACGUUUAAAAAGAUUCAUCGCGCAUGUCUAUCAGCCGAUGCUUACCCGUGCGAUUGAAAAUCGGUAUGCCACAGUCGCUUUAUUCACCGGCAUGAUGAUUCUCGCCGUAGGCCUGGUUGCCGGCGGAUUUGUUCGUUUCGUGUUUUUUCCGGAACUGGAAAACGAUUAUGUCUCAGCCAGCGUUGAACUGCAGGAGGGCGCGCCCGAAUCCCUGGUGGUGAGCGUGAUUGAGCAGAUGAAUGGCGCGCUGCGUGAAGUUAACACUGAAAUCAAAGACGAACUGGGCGUUGAAGACGAUGUCAUCCGCAAUGUCUUCGCAUAUGUGAUGGGCGGCAAAUCCGGACGUUUCCAGGUUGAGCUCGAUAAAGAACAUCGGGCGGUUUCACCUAAAGAAAUUGAACAGCGCUGGCGAGAGAAAGUUGGUGAUAUAGCCGGCACGAAAGAGCUGCGUUUUGCGGGGGCUACACAUAUGGGUGGCGGUCCGCCGAUCGCGAUAAAGCUGCAGGGCAGAGACUUCAAUCUGACGGAAGCUGCCGCCGCAGAUCUGGUCAGUUACCUGCGCACGGUGGAAGGACUUUACGAAAUUGAAAUGUCUGCUCAGGCCGGUCCGGAAGAAAUCAGUUUGCGCAUUAAGCCUGAAGCGGAAGCAUUAGGUGUCACGCUUGCAGACCUGGCGCGUCAGGUACGCGAGUCGUUUUAUGGUGCUGAGGCUCAGCGUAUUCAGCGUGGCAACCAGGAUGUUCGCGUGAUGGUGCGGUUCCCCCAGAACGAACGACGCUCUGUGGGUAAUCUGGAAAACAUGUGGAUCCGCCUGCCCGAUGGUCGAGAGCUGCCGUUUUCUGCCGUUGCCGAGUUUGAUAUGCAGCCGGGAUUUGCCAUGAUUCGCAGACUCGAUGGGCAACGAACCAUCAGUGUCACCGCAAAUGCGGAUCUUUCUGUUAUAGAACCCGCACGCCUGCUUACGCAGAUAAACGCGGACUAUCUGCCAAAGAUGUUAUCUGCCUACCCGGGUGUGACCGCAGCGCUGGAAGGUAGCUCUGCUGAUGAGAUGGCCAGCGUACAGGAAUUUGUUGUGAUGUUCCUGGCGGCCUGUUUUGGCAUAUAUGCGCUUAUGGCGGUACCGCUGAAAUCUUAUAUGCAGCCGCUGAUUAUCAUGAGUGUCAUUCCGUUUGGUGUCGUGGGUGCCAUUGUCGGGCACCUGGUUAUGGGUAUUGCCGUCAGCUCACUGUCGCUUAUUGGCAUUAUUGCUCUGGCCGGGGUGGUGGUGAACGACAGUCUGAUUCUGGUCGACUACGUUAACAAGAAGGUCGACGAAGGCUUGGAUGCGGCCGCCGCCUCUAUUGAAGGCGGCGCUGCGCGCUUCAGGGCUAUUCUGCUGACGUCUCUGACAACCUUUUUUGGUCUGGUGCCGAUUCUCACAGAAACGUCCAUGCAGGCCCAAAUGGUCAUCCCCAUGGCGGUGUCUUUAGCGUUUGGCAUUUUGUUUGCGACCGUGAUUACGCUGAUUCUGGUGCCUUGUCUGUACAACAUUCUCGGCGAUCUCGGUAUGCGGCGUGGGAUGGCGCAGGAGACACCUGUGCCGAAGAUGUCCGAGAGCUAA